AUGGACUCUUGGUUUGGUGCUGUCCCCCAUGGUGCAGGAGAUGCACGGCAGGUGUGGCCUCGCACCGGCCACAGCUCCAAGGACAACGAGCAGCUCUUGACUGCAGUGGCUCGUCUGACGUUGAAGACUGCGCAGACCUGCCGCAACCUGGAGAGUGCUGUCUUUGUUACCUACAUCCUGGCCAAGGAUGGUGUGUAUGCUCAGGCCGCGUCGGCCGCCGGCCAGACCUAUGCGCAGAGAGCUCGCGCUGCGGGGAAGAAUCACACCUUGGGACAGCCGUCUUCGUGGGUAUGGGCUGCUUUGGCCCAGGCCGCAUUGAAAGACGAAGCUCUGUUUGAGGAGAAGCGUGCCAUGCUGAAGCAACAUUGUGAUUCUGUCACGGAUCCCAUGGUGCUGAGUGAUCAGGUCCUCUACUGUCGAUUGUCAAAAGUGUAUGACCAGACCAAGACUCGUCUCCAGCUCUCGGUCGCCCCUGGUGCCUUGAGUGAUGUGUUGACUGUCUUGCAGGAAGGCAUCGAAAAAAGCGGAGGGCUGCGCAAAGAUGGCCCAGCUCCUCGCGGUGCACUUGAAAGACAGAUCCAAGAAUUGCUUGGUGAACCCAGCAUUGAGUCAUGA